AUGACUCUCAGGUCCGCCUUCGCUGUGGUGGUGUUUGGAAGCUUGCUAUAUGGCGUUUACAAGGAAAAACGACUAUACUUGGUUCCUUACCUAGUCUUCCAAAUCAUAUCGGUUGGUGUCACUGUGAUUGUGCUCCUCUCCUACAUUAUAGCCAUAGCGGUUAAGUCAAACAUGGUGAUUGAAUUAGCGAAGGACAUCGGCAGAGUGAAUCUCCACGUUUCACAGAAGCAGCUUGACUCAGACCUUGCAUCCUUCACUGUGCUAUUCAUCCUCGCGCUCUGUUUGGGCGGACUCCUUCAAGCUUACUUCUUUGAGAUUAUCUACUCGUUUUAUGGCUUUCUACAUGAUCGCGAAUGCUCGUUCAACUUCAAUUUCGAGUCCACACCAACCAUACCUGCACCAGAAACUGUGUUUGGUUCUACAAAUGGGAUUCCUCCACCCUAUCAAGAACAACAGUGA